GCUUCUGCAACAUCUGAGAUUAUCAACAAGCUCCAAAUCUAGACACCAUGGUUCAUUUUACAGCUGAAGAGAAGGCUAUUAUCACAAGCCUGUGGGGUAAAGUGAAUGUAGAAGAGGAUGGAGGAGAAGCUCUGGGAAGACUCCUGGUUGUCUACCCAUGGACCCAGAGGUUCUUUGACACCUUUGGAAAUCUGUCCUCUGCUUCUGCCAUCAUGGGCAACCCGAAGGUCAAGGCCCAUGGCAAGAAGGUUCUGAGUUCCUUGGGAGAAGCUAUAAAGAACAUGGAUGAUCUCAAGGGUACGUUUUCCCAUCUGAGUGAGCUGCACUGUGACAGGCUGCAUGUGGAUCCUGAAAACUUCAGGCUCCUGGGAAAUGUGCUGGUGAUUGUCUUGGCAAAGCAUUUUGGCAAGGAAUUCACCCCACAGAUACAGGCUGCCUGCCAGAAGAUGGUGGCUGGUGUGGCCACUGCCCUGGCCCACAAGUACCACUGACCCCCAUGCUCAUGCUACAG